AUGGAUAACAGUUGCCUGAAAAAGAAACGACUCUAAAUGACUAUCGAAAUGCCCGAAUCAAGAGAAACCAUGGAACAGAAACAGAGUGAAAUAUUUUUUGAAGAGGAUGAUUUGCCCUUCGAAGAAGAAAUCCUUCGCAAUCCAUACUCUGUGAAGUCAUGGUUGAGAUAUUUGGAAUUUAAAAAAGAAGCACCAAGGACCACAGUUAAUUUGAUAUAUGAAAGGUCACUCAAAGAACUCCCUGGCAGUUAUAAAUUAUGGUACAACUACUUAAAACUGCGACGGAGACAAGUGAAAGGCCGCUGCAUUAAUGAUCCUGCAGUUGAAGAUGUAAUUAAUGCUCAUGAGAGGGCUCUUGUUUUCAUGCACAAGAUGCCUAGAAUUUGGAUUGACUACUGCAAGUUUUUAGUGGACAACAGUAGAAUAAUAAAAACAAGGCGGACCUUUGACAGAGCGCUCCGGGCUCUUCCUAUCACCCAGCAUCACAGAAUCUGGCCCCUCUACCUUAAGUUUGUCCGAAUGUAUGACCUGCCAGAGACAGCUGUUAGAGUGUACAGGAGACAUCUAAAGCUUCAGAAGGAGAACACAGAAGAUUACAUUGAGUACUUGAUGAAGAUAGGCUGGUUAGAUGAAGCGGCCAAUAGACUCGUGGAUAUUAUCAAUGAUGAUGUGUUUGUUUCUAAGGAGGGCAAGUCUAAACAUCAGCUAUGGAAUGAGCUUUGUGACCUUGUUGCCAAAAACCCUGACAAAGUGACUUCACUGAAGAUUGAACCAAUCAUACGUCAGGGACUGAAGCGAUACACAGACCAGAUAGGGGUUCUAUGGAACUCCAUGGCUGAUUACUACAUUAGAGGCGGCCAUUUUGAAAGAGCCAGGGAUAUUUAUGAAGAAGCCAUUCUUACUGUCAUCACUGUCAGAGAUUUUACUCAAGUUUUUGAUGCUUAUGCUCAGUUUGAGAAGAACAUGAUUAGUUCUAAGAUGGAGAGUAUGGAGGAGACAGGUGCUACUGAAGAGGAUGAUUUAGAGCUAGAACUCAGGUUAGCAAGGCUAGAAAAUCUAAUGGAGAGAAGACCACUUCUGUUAAACAGUGUUCUGCUGAGACAAAACCCACAUAAUGUCCAUGAAUGGCACAAGAGAGUAAAACUCUUUGAGGGAAAGCCAAGAGAGAUAAUUAACACAUAUACAGAAGCUGUUCAGACUGUGGACCCCAAACUUGCAUCAGGAAAACCAAACACCUUGUGGGUAGAAUUUGCUAAAUUCUAUGAGAAAGCUGGACAAAUAGAAGAUGCAAGAGUUAUAUUUGACAAAGCAGUGAGAGUGCCAUACAAACAUGUGGAUGACCUAGCCUCUGUUUGGUGUGAAUGGGCAGAGAUGGAGAUACGGCAUGAAAACAAUGAGGAAGCCUUAAAAUUAAUGCAGAGAGCCACUGCUCCACCGCCCAGAAAAGUGUCAUACCAUGACGAGACUGAAACAGUUCAAAGCAGAGUUCACAAGUCUCUAAAAGUAUGGUCACUGUAUGCAGACUUGGAGGAAAGUUUUGGAACAUUUAAGACCUGUAAGUCAGUGUAUGAUAAGAUCAUUGAUUUGAGGAUUGCCACGCCACAAAUCAUCAUGAACUAUGGCCUCUUCCUGGAGGAAAAUAACUACUUUGAGGAGGCCUUCAAGGCCUAUGAAAAGGGAAUAGCACUAUUCAAGUGGCCAAAUGUGUUUGAUAUAUGGAAUACAUACUUAACAAAGUUUAUGGAGAGAUAUGGUGGUUCAAAGUUAGAGAGAUCCAGGGAUCUUUUUGAACAGUGCUUAGAAAACUGUCCUCCCAAGUUUGCAAAGAGUUUCUUCUUGCUGUAUGCCAAGUUGGAGGAGGAACACGGACUUGCUAGACAUGCUAUGGCUGUUUAUGACAGAGCAACGAAAGCUGUACUCCCAGAGGAACAAAAUGAGAUGUUUAAUGUUUAUAUCAAACGAGCUGCAGAGAUUUAUGGUGUCACAUACACCAGACCUAUAUAUGAGAAAGCAAUUGAAGUUUUGCCGGAUGACCAGGCCAGAGGGAUGUGCUUGCGGUUUGCUGAUCUGGAAAGAAAACUCGGGGAAAUUGACCGAGCAAGGGCAGUGUAUUCCCACGCAUCACAGAUAUCUGAUCCAAGGGUGGCACCAAAUUUCUGGCAAGUUUGGAAGGAGUUUGAGAUUAAACAUGGCAAUGAGGACACAGUCAGGGAAAUGCUGAGAAUCAAACGCUCAGUACAGGCUAUAUACAACACACAGGUCAACUUCAUGUCAGCCCAAAUGUUGGCAGCAUCAGGUGGAAAGGGAGAUAAUGCUGGAGAGGCUGGUGAGAAAGACAACAUGCAGAAGCUGGAAGAGAGAGCCAGACAGCUGGCAGAGGAAUCUGUUAAAGACCAGGCUAAGCCAGAUAAAGGCAUUCUGUUUGUCAGGAGUGACAAUACACAGGAGGAGCUGGGAGAGUUGACAAAAACUGCUAACCCUGACGCUAUUGAUAUUGACGACGAUUUCUCUAGUGAUGAGGAAGCUCAAGUUGAAGAAAUGGAGGUUAAAAGUGUUCCUACAGAAGUGUUUGGAUCUCUGAAAAAAGAUGAGGAAGAGGACUGAACAGAAAACAGGCACAAGAACACUGAAGGAACUGUAGCUCUACUGAAACUUGUGUAAAACCUGAUAAUGUUCAGACACAGACAUUUUCUGUAUAGAUUUCUGUUUGAUUUGGGAACUUAACGGAUAGAUGAAAUUUGUAUUGAAAUUCUUCUUCCAAAAUCCCAGCCAUAAAAGAAGUCUGCACAUCAUUCCAUGCUACCACGGUUUAUAAAUAAAGAAGGGUCUGAAAUUGAA